AUGUCUCGAUCUAAUGUCUCUGCAGAUAAUUCAGGAUUUAAAUUUGGCUCUGCAUGGUUUCAGAAAAAAAUUAAUAUUCGUCCUGUUCUCAGAGGCUGUCAUUUGAUUACAGAUGAAGUGUUAAAACAAGUUCCUGAAAUUGCGCGAUUUUCAAUUGGAUUAAUUCAUAUUGAAAUAAUGCACACUUCUGCUAGUUUGGCACUUAACGAGAACUGGGAUCCUGAUGUAAGAGAAGACAUGGAGGCAUUUUUGACUGAACUUGUCCCUGAGAGUACACCAUUCAAACAUUCCUGUGAAGGUCCUGAUGAUAUGCCCGCACACAUAAAGUCCUGCUUCCUUGGCUCUAAUCUUACAAUUCCUAUUACAGAGGGGCAGCUUAAUUUAGGUAGUUGGCAAGGUGUUUGGCUUUGCGAGCAUAGAAAUAGAGCUGGCUCUCGUAAAAUGAUGGUGACAAUCAAUGGUGCUUUAAGAGAUUAAGGCCUGCAAAUUUCUGUAAACCUUACACAAUCAAAUAUCAUGUGAUUGCUAACAGUAUUAAACUCUGCAGUGUUUCUUUCUCU